UGGACCUUUUAUAACUUUCAGCCAUUUGGCACAGACUCUAGAUAUUAACAGUCUACAACAGUGGAUGCCUCAAUGAGAAGGUCUAUUGGAAACAUAAUGGAGUUCACACAAGCUGAUAGGCAGCAUUUAGACAAGAGCAAACAGGACACAGGCUCUUUAGGAAACACUGAUGACGCCCUGAAAUAUGAUAGUGGGCGCGUAGCCCAUGACUUCAGCUGCAUCCACAGCAAAGAUCUGCUCCCUGCUGAAGAGGGAGAGGAAGCAACCAAGCACUUCCUGCAGGAGCUGGUUAACAUCUUGCUGGCCUACAUCAGUAAAUCCUUGAAACGCACCUCAAAAGUUCUAGAUUUUCACUAUCCACACCAGCUUAAGGAAGGUCUGGAGGGAUUCAGCCUGGAGCUUCCUGACCAGCCGGAUAAUCUGGAGCAGCUACUGGUGGACUGCAGAGACACACUGAAAUAUGGAGUUAAAACAGGUAAUCCAAGAUUCUUCAACCAGCUGUCAUCCGGACUUGACAUCAUUGGUCUAGCAGGAGAAUGGUUGACAUCCACAGCAAAUACAAACAUGUUCACUUAUGAAAUAUCCCCAGUUUUUAUACUCAUGGAGGAGGUAGUUCUGAGAAAAAUGCAUUCAAUUAUUGGAUGGCAAGAGGAAGAUGGAGAUGGCAUCUUUUGUCCUGGAGGCACCAUGUCCAAUCUGUACAGUGUGUUGUUGGCUAGGUUUCAUCUCUUUCCGGCAGUGAAGACCCACGGGAUGUCUGCGAUACCUCGCCUGGUGCUGUUCACCUCUGCGCACAGUCAUUAUUCAAUCAAGAAGUCUGCAGCAGUUCUCGGCAUCGGCUCUGAAAAUGUUAUAGUCGUCAGAUGUGAUGAAAGGGGGAAGAUGAUCUCAUCAGAACUGAACUCCAGCAUUGAUGCAGCAAAGUCUAAGGGUCUGGUCCCAUUCUAUGUCAAUGCAACUGCAGGAACCACAGUCUAUGGAGCCUUUGACCCUCUGAAUGAAAUAGCAGACAUUUGUGAGCGGCAUGGCAUAUGGAUGCACGUGGAUGCUGCUUGGGGUGGAGGCUUGCUUCUGUCAAACAAACAUCGUGUGAAAAUGCAAGGAAUUGAAAGAGCCCAUUCUGUGACCUGGAACCCGCACAAGAUGAUGGGCGUCCCACUGCAAUGCUCAGCCAUUCUAGUGAAGAAAAAGGGCCUCCUGCAGGAAUGUAAUCAACUCUGUGCUGAGUAUCUCUUCCAACCUGACAAGCACUAUGACGUGACCUAUGACACCGGGGACAAAAGCAUUCAGUGCGGACGGCAUGUGGACAUCUUUAAACUGUGGCUCAUGUGGAAGGCGAAGGGCUCCGAGGGUUUUGAAGCACAGGUCAACCACUGCCUAGAAAAUGCAGAGUAUCUUUACUACAAGCUGAAGAGAAGAACAGAUUUUCAGCUUGUCUUCAAAGGAAAACCUGAACACAGUAAUGUCUGCUUUUGGUAUCUCCCAAAACGAGUGCAAAACAUUCCUCCAGGCCCAGAGCGAGACAGAGAACUUCACAUGGUGGCUCCAAAAAUCAAGACAAAGAUGAUGGAGGAAGGAUUCACAAUGAUUGGCUAUCAACCUCUGGAAGACAAAGUGAAUUUCUUCCGUUGUGUUUUCUCCAAUCCAGCCACCCAGAGGGAGGAUGUGGACUUCCUAUUAGAUGAAAUUGCUCGUCUGGGCUGUGAACUCUAGAGUGCGAAAGACAUCUUUUUUGAAAAAUCACUCCUUUGUGUCGAGAUACAUAUUUAUUUAUUUCUUUCCUCAUACCACUGAUGCCAGUUGUCAUUACAUACAGUCCUGCAAGUAGCAUUACAGCUUUCUUUUUACGUCUAUCUUUGAACAUUAUUAGCUAUUAUUAAUAAUUUAUCCUUUGUCACAUUCCAAAGGAAAUAGAUGAAAACUCACUGAUUUUCAUUAAAUCAACAUGCUUCUUUAAGAGGCAUCCCUUAUACAGUAUACCAUGACUAAAUGGCACCUGCUCUUAAUCAAGUUAGAGUGAAUAGAGUGUAUUUUGAGUGAAUUUUGAAGGGAUAUUGGAAUAACUCCAGUCUUGCUGCUGUCAGAUAGCUCAAUUGUUUUGCAGUCUACUAGUGCCUCCUGCUGGUGGGAUCUUCUAAUACAAGACUAAGAGAACAUAUAAACUGUGUAUUAUAUAUAUUUUUUCUAUAGGGAUGCUCAAAUAAGCACAUUUUUGGUCUCUGUACAUCAGAAUUUAUUUGCAGCUUGUUGGUUUUUAUGCUUUGCUCUGUCCUACAUGAAAGGGAUUUUAUCUGAAAGUUAUUUUACACAUUAUUUAUUUGUCUACCACCUGCUGCUUUAGCUCCAUAAGUAAUAAAUUUAUGUAACAUACGGGUUCCUUCAAACUAGUUUUUUUUUUACUGCAGCACAACCUGUUAGCUGGGAUUAGUCUUAGAUUAGAUUAGUCUUCUAGACCACAAAUGACAGUUAAGACUGAAAAUUGGACAGAACUGCUGAUUUUUUUUUUUUUUUUUUUUUUUUACCAUUUUAUCCCAAGCUCUUUGUUCUGACAAUAUUUAUAUCCUUGUAUUUUCCAAAUGUAAAUUUCAAAAGCAUAUGACAACAUGCUUGCGCAAAGCAUAAGAGGAUUUUUGAGUGCGUGUGACUGCGAAGAUAGAUUGUGUCAGUGUUGUGUGUUAAUGGCCUGUUAAAGGCCCCUUUGGAUAGGUGAUUUACUAAAGUUAGAGGAGAAACCGACAUGUGGACAACACCAUCAAUCAUGUACAGUGCAGCCUAGUACUCUUGCAUGAUUUCAGCAAAUGCGUGCAGUUCUGUAGCAUGUUGACAGCAGGCCGAGGUAAAUGAGGUGUGCUCCUUUGGCAUUGUGAGACAGAGCUCUAAAUAUGCAUGAUUGCUAAAUCUACACCAAAAGUAUGUGGAGGCUGUUGGAACACCACACCCAUAUUUUCUUGUUGAACACUUUUAUGUUCAAAGCAAUGGGGAUUAAUAAGGAGUUGUUUCUGCUUUUACUGCUAUGACAGCUCCCACUCUUCUACAUUUACACAUUUAUUCAUUGAGCAGAUACAUCCAAAACAAAGCCUUUUCACUGGGUGUACAGGCAAAGUCUUUGGUAAAGUUUGGUAUGUUUGUCAUUCUUAACAUGAUUUUUAGGAUCACUCAAAUGUGCUAAUGUCUUUAAUACAUACAUUUUUCAUAUACCAUGUCUAUUUAUAAUCACACUUAGCCUAUAAAAUUACAAUUUAAAAACAUUCGAGUGAUGGUCUAAAGAGGAAUGCAAAAUGUAUACUAUGCUGAACACCUGAUCACUCAUAAUAAUUUGUCUUGUAUUAUAAUCAUUUAGUUUGUAUAGGAGUGAUUUGUCAAACUGCAAAAGCAUUAAUCACAUUAAGCAUUAAGCAACACAUCACAAUGUGGAAUGUUGAAAUGCAUGCAACGGAAAUGUAUGCUAUUUCUUUAAUAGUGUUUCCAAGAACGAUAGGCGAUAUUUCCCCCAAAACGGUAAAGACGCUGUCAUCAAUCAAGUGUGAUGGGUAGUGUUGACAGCUUCUGAUGCAGAUGGGUGAGCCGCGCUGGGCCAGAGCUCAUCACAUAUUUGGAUAUCAAUGUUACAUGUUGUAUUCAAAAAUUGUGUAAGAAAAUGAUUUAGAUGUACAUACAUUAUACAUAUCCAAUCAAAACAAUGUUUUAAAUUUGCAUUUUAGUGCCUAAAGUACAACUUAAAUCACUAAAAUCACAGGAGUAGGUCUACAGCAGUAACAUAAGCUAAUGAGAGAAAUUUUGAUCUAACAUCCAACAAGUUGCUGAUAACAUCAUUAAUAAUGUCUGGGGAACAGGGGCAUGAUAAUGUUUCAUUAAAGGAAUAGUUCAGGCAAAAAUGAAAAUUUUGUCAUCAUUUACUCACUCCCAUGUUGUUCCAAACCUGUAUGACCACCUUCUGCAGAACACAAAAGAUAUUUUGAAGAAUAUUGGUAACUAAACCAUUGACUUCUAUUGUAUGUACAUUAUAAGACAUUUCUCAAAAUAUCUUCUUUUACAUUUUCAGAAGAAAAUCAUACAGGUUUGGGACUACAUAAGAGUGAUGACAGAAUUUUCAUUUUUGGCUGAAUUAUCCCUUGUCUUCACGCUUAAAGCCUUUUUGACAAACACUACCGUUCAAAAGUUUGGGAUUUUUUUUUAAAGGAUUAGUUCACUUUCAAAUGAAAAUUACCCCAAGCUUUACUCACCCUCAAGCCAUCCUAGGUGUAUAUGACUUUCUUCUUUCUGACGAACACAAUCGUAGAAAUAUUAAGAAGGCUUUUAUUAACCCUCCGGAGUCGUGUGGAAUAUGUUUAUGAUGGAUGGAUGUGGAUGGAGACACUUUCUUCAGCUCAUACUCGUUUGGUAACGCAUACUGCCAUUAUAAAGCUUGGAUGCCUCAGGAUAUUUAUUAAUAUUUCUUCGAUUGUGUUCAUCAGAAAAAAGAAAGUCAUAUACACCUAGGAUGGUUAGAGGGCUUUGGGUAAUUUUCAUUUGAAAGUGAACUAAUCCCUUAAUGUUUUUGAAAGAAGUCUCUCAUGCUCACCAAGGCUGCAUUUAUUUGAUCAAAAAUACAGUAAAAACAUCUAUAUUGUGAAAUAUUAUUACAAUUUAUAAUAUUUUCUUCUAUUUUAUUCUGUAUUUUAUUCAUGUGAUGGCAAAGCUGAAUUUUCAGCAACCAUUACUCCAGUCUUCAGUGUCACAUGAUCCUUUAGAAAUUUUUCAGCGUUUUUGAUAAAUAGAAAGCUCAAAAGAACAGCAUUUGUUUGAAUCAAAAAAGUUUUUUGUAACAAUGUAAAAGUCUUUACUAUCAAUUUUAAACGAUUAAAAACAACAAAAUACUGACCCCAAACUUGAACAUUAUUGGAUCUGUAGGGCUGUAAAAUUGAUUAAUCGCGAUUAAUCGCAUCUAACAUAAGUUUUUGUUUACAUAAUAUAUGUGUGUGCAUAUAUAUAUUUAAUAUAUAUAAAUAUAAUGUCUGUUUGUGUGUGUACUGUAUAUACACACAUAUACAUAUACGUGUGUAUGUACACAGACACGCACAGACAUAUAUAUGAUAUACAGUAUAUAGAUAUAUAACACACACAUAAUAUUAUGUAAACAAAAACUUAUGUUAG